AUGUCAGACAACGAGACAACUCCUGCCACACCCUCGAAGCCAACCCCACCUCCCCUCCAUCCCGUUUAUUCAGUUACCAACAUUCAGCAAAAGGUUCGAGUUCUUGAUGGUGUAAAAGUCUCAUACACCUCAUGGGUUCGCCUCUUUCAGCUACACGCUCGCGGCUAUCGGGUUCUUGCUCACAUUGACGGCACGCCGUCACCCGGAGAAAAAGAUCCUACGUAUGCUUCAUGGCAGGAAAUUGAUUCAAUUGUGCUUCAAUGGAUCUAUGGAUCUAUUUCGGAUGAUUUACUUGGACGCGUUCUCACUGCUGAAUCCACGGCUCGUCAAGCCUGGAUCCGGAUUCAGAACAUAUUUCACAACAACAAGGGCGCUCGUAUCGCUGCUCUUGAACACGAGUUCGCUAAUAUGACUCUCAAGUCCCAACCUUCAUUGGAGGCGUAUUUUCAGCGUCUACGCGAACUCGCCGACCAGCUUAAUGAUCUUCUUGACGUUCCUAUUGAUGACAAGCGGCUUGUCCUGCAGAUGGUCCGUGGUUUGCCGACAGAGUUUGAUACUAUGGGGUCCCUCAUUCACCAGUCUCUUCCGGCCUGGGAGGAGGCAUGUGAGAUGCUUCUUGGAGAUCAAAAGAGACGCCAAGCCCGCGAUCUUUUGGAUGGAAAUACUGUUGUUGCUGCUGCCCAAACACCAAACCCAUCACCCACCAAUAACCUUCCGCCCACUCGUGACUCCACACCCAACCCAACUAACACCCAACCCAACCGUGACUAUCGGUCCCGGUCAAACCAGCCCCGGAACCGAGGUCGCGGCCGUGGCUCAGCCUCUCGUAACACCUCAUCUCAGCCCAACAACACCCACCAGUCGCGCUCCUUUGGAUCUGCACCUCCCCCUCCAUACCCAUAUUGGGCUCCCCCACCUUACUGGGCUCCGCCCCCAUGCCCCUACCCAACUACAUCCGCCUGGACCCAACCUUGGCAACCAUACGGGCCUACUCCACCUCCUGCGGGUCAGCAGCCAUCGGCUCAGCAGUCGUCACCCACUUCUCAGCCCAACGGCCAGCAGGCCCACGCUCACUUCACUGACUUGGAUGCUUUGGACCCAUCUCAAAUCGCCCAGGCAUUUCAGACAAUUGCCGUGAACUCCGCGGCUAAUGAGAAUUGGGAUAUGGACACUGGAACGACGUCUCAUGUCACUCUCGAUCAAGGUACUCUCUCCACUUUUUCCCCGAUUACAAGGAUGGCACUGUAA